UGGGGAUUUUCCCCCCACCCGGGCUUUGGAGGCUCUGGCGGCUCCAAGGCCAAGUGGGAGACCAGGUGCAAAGAGAGAACUUUGAGCUGAAUUAAGGCCUCCAGGGAGGAAAGAUGCCGGACAGCGCCCUAGGUUCUUGGUAGCUUUCUGCUAAGUCUUUUCAAUGCCGCUUUGGAAGCGUGAGGCGUGACUUGGACAGGCUUAAGGGUGCUUUUGCGGAGCCCUCAAGUGAAGAAGUUGCUUUCUCGCUAGGCAAGCCGGGAGGGAGCCCCACUAUGCACCCCUCGGUCCUCCUUUCCCAGUCCCUGCUUGCUGCACACAAGACGAUGCUCCCCAGUCCCACCUAAGACCAAAGCCCGCUCUUGGGUGCCCACUGGGCAGCGGGGAGCUCGGUCACUUCCAAGAGAGGGAGGUGGAAGAAGUCUUCGGCGCGGCUGCAGAGCGCGUCCAGGAUGGGCUGGCUGAAGAGGCUCCUCCGGGCCAGGAACCUGCUGCUGGUCAUCCUCGUGCCGCUGCUGCUGCUGCCCCUGCCCCUGCUCCACCCCAGCAGCGAAGCCGCCUGUGCCUACGUGCUGAUCGUGACGGCUGUGUACUGGGUCUCGGAGGCCGUGCCCCUCGGAGCCGCAGCCCUGGUGCCCGCCUUCCUCUACCCAUUCUUCGGAGUGCUCCGGUCCAAUGAGGUGGCGGCCGAGUACUUCAAGAAUACCACGCUGCUGCUGGUGGGCGUCAUCUGCGUGGCGGCGGCCGUGGAGAAGUGGAACCUGCACAAGCGCAUCGCCCUGCGCAUGGUCAUCAUGGCCGGAGCCAAACCGGGCAUGCUGCUCCUCUGCUUCAUGUGCUGUACCACGCUGCUCUCCAUGUGGCUGUCCAACACGUCCACCACCGCCAUGGUCAUGCCCAUCGUGGAGGCCGUGCUGCAGGAGCUGGUCGGGGCCGACGAGGACCAGCUCGGGGCUGAGGACUCCAGCGCUGAAGAGGCCGAACCCAUCAGUCUCACGGUGAACACAAGCCAACCCUCUCUGGAGCUGAUCUUUGUCAACGAAAACACAUCCACUGCGGACCUCACAUCGCUGGUGCAGAACAAGAACCUGAACGGCGUGUCCACCAUCACCAGCCCGGUCAGGACUGCUAGCAGCCUCCAAGGCAGGAAGCAGCUCCCGGCCCAGGAAAAGCCAGGCGCGCCGACCUCUGGCGCCGGGCACCAGGAAGGCAGCAGGAAGUACAAGUCCCAGCACGACCAGAUGAUCUGCAAGUGCCUCUCCCUGAGCAUCUCUUACGCCGCCACCAUCGGGGGCCUCACCACCAUCAUCGGCACCUCCACCAGCCUCAUCUUCUUGGAACACUUCAACAACCAGUACCCAGCCGCCGAGGUGGUCAAUUUCGGCACGUGGUUCCUCUUCAGCUUCCCCAUCUCCCUCCUCAUGCUGGUGGUCAGCUGGUUCUGGAUGCACUGGCUCUUCCUGGGCUGCAAUUUUAGGGAGACCUGUUCCCUGAGCAAGAAGAAGAAGACCAAAAGGGAAGAGGUGUCCGAGAAAAGGAUCCAAGAGGAAUACGAGAAGCUGGGGGACGUCAGCUACCCUGAAAUGGUGACCGGGUUCUUCUUCGUGCUCAUGACCGUGCUGUGGUUCACCCGGGAGCCCGGCUUCGUCCCCGGCUGGGACUCGCUCUUCGAAAAGAAAGGCUACCGCACGGACGCCACGGUCUCCAUCUUCCUCGGCUUCCUCCUCUUCCUCAUCCCCGCCAAGAAGCCCUGCUUUGGGAGAAAGAACGAAGGGGAGAGCCCGGAGUCCUCGCCGGGGCUGGAGCCCAUCAUCACGUGGCAGGACUUCCAGAGGACCAUGCCCUGGGAGAUCGUCAUCCUGGUGGGGGGCGGCUACGCGCUGGCUUCCGGCAGCAAGAGCUCAGGCCUGUCCACCUGGAUCGGCCACCAGAUGCUGUCCCUGAGCAGCCUCCCGCCCUGGGCCGUCACCCUGCUCGCCUGCAUCCUGGUGUCCAUCGUCACGGAGUUUGUGAGCAACCCGGCCACCAUCACCAUCUUCCUGCCCAUCCUGUGCAGCCUGUCGGAGACGCUGCACAUCAACCCGCUCUACACCUUGAUCCCUGUCACCAUGUGCAUCUCCUUCGCGGUGAUGCUGCCUGUGGGCAACCCCCCCAACGCCAUCGUCUUCAGCUACGGGCACUGCCAGAUCAAAGACAUGGUGAAAGCUGGCCUGGGCGUCAACGUCAUCGGCCUGGUGAUCGUGACGGUGGCCAUCAACACGUGGGGAGUGAGCCUCUUCGACCUGGACACUUUCCCAGCCUGGGCGAAGGUCAGUAACCUCACUGACCAGGCCUGACACCGGGGGCGAAGGUGCCGGCCUUCCGCAGCACCCCCCCCGGGGGCCCCGGGCCCCGAAGAUCCCACCGCCGCCACCCUGCGCGUGUAGGAAGCCUCCGAACACCCCAAGCCAUGCCAGGCCGUGUCUUGCCUGCGUCCCCCUCGGUCAGCCCCACGGCCCCAGGAAACCUCCGUCUGCCCACGUCCCUGUAUCUCGUCAUGCCAGGCCCUGUGUCUGAGACCUCUGCUGCCGUGCCAAGGCCCAGCCCCGGGCUCAGGGUGGCAUGACGAGCCCGUCCCGGGUUGGCACGGCUGCGCUUCUCACGCUGCGGCGGGGAGGAAGGACAAACCCAAACCCUCCGGGCUCCGCGCGGUGAAAGCAGCAGGGCCCGGCUGGGGGGCGGUGGGGGACGGGCCCCCGGGCGCCUUUCUCUGGACUGUCUCUUAGGUCUCUCCCCACAAAUAAAGGGCAUUUCUUAGAAGUC